CCCCACGAGGAGCGUGGAGGAUGCUGACGAGGGCGAGCGUGUGUGCGCUUUAUCUGUGACGCUUAGUCCCGCGGUUAGCCUUCUGAGCAACUUUCUCCCGGUCGGAUGCCCUCCCGGGAGACAUGCGUCUGCUGGUUUUGGCGACUCUUUUUGGAGUCCUGGUUCACGCAGGAGAUGCUCUUCAGAUCCAGUGUUACCAGUGUGAGGAGAUGAAGCACAAUGACUGCUCAACGCCUGAGUACAUCGUCAACUGCACCGUCAACGUGCAGGACAUGUGUCAGAAGGAGGUGCUUGUCAAACCUGAUGGGAUUUAUUAUCGGAAGUCAUGUGCAUCAUCCGCAGCGUGCCUCAUCGCCUCCUCUGGCUACCAGCAGUUCUGCACUGGGAGGCUGAACUCUGUCUGCAUUUCCUGCUGCAACACAGCGCUCUGCAACGGGCCCAAGAGGAAGCGGCCCGUUCCCUCGAUUGCAGCGCCCAGCCCACAGAUGAGCGGGAUCCUCACUCUCCUUCUGCCGCUUCUUUCUCAGGCAUAGACGCUACCUGCAUCACAUACAUGCUUGUUCGGUCAAAACCAUGGGAUCGUGGAUGGUUUUUAUUAAAGCUUGUUGCUGCACACAUCCAAAAAGUACUUUAGGAACAUCCUGAACCCUGCCAGUACCAGUGGGAAUCUCAGUGGACACGCCUUCUCAAUCACUGUCUGUACUGUGGACUAGAAUCCUGCACACUUUGUUUUGUGUGAAAAAAUAUGAGGUGGACUUUUGCUCUGGUCAUUAUCUGCUGUCACAGCUGCUACUAUAUGUUUCAUAAAUUGCCUUGCACUUUGUGUUUCUGUAGUUGCCAAGUGAGCGUUUUUGCACCUCCCUUUCUUAUGUGUUCAAUACUUUUUUCGCUGUCUCAUUUCAAAUUUUUCGGGCGAGAGGCGGGAUACGCCCCGAACUGGUCGCCAGCCAAUCGCAGGGCACAUAUAAACAAACAACCAUUUGCACUCACAUUCACACCUACGGGCAAUUUAGAGUCUUCAAUUAACCUAGCUUGCAUGUUUUUGGCAUGUGGGAGGCAACUAGAGUACCUGGAGAAAACCCACGCAGGCACAGGGAGAACAUGCAAACUCCACACAGGCGAGGCCGGGAUUUGAGCCACGGUCCUCAGAACUGUGAGGCAGAUGUGCUAACCAGUCGUCCACCAUAUAUAUAUAUAUAUAUAUAUAUAUAUAUAUAUAUAUAUAUAUGUAUUAUUACUUUACACAUGGUGUAAGAGACAGCCCUCAAGAACAACAAGUGGGAAUUGGGUGAAGGCAACAGAAGGACCAUAAGCCCAAUUUUACUCCCUCUUGAGAGCGGCUUCAGGUUAUUAUUAGUGUUUAGCAGAUUGGUGUAUGAUCCAAUGUUCAGUUAUUUCAAAAUAAAUGACACUUUCAUGCUUGCAUGAAAUUCUUUCCUCAAUAUGUAUAGUUUUUGUUUAGAAUCUACUGUGUUAAAAUAUCAUUGCUUUGU